AUGUCCAAGAUCAAGAUGUUGGCAAAAUAUUCUUCAUACUACUAUGAAGUAUUCCUUCAACAGUCUGCAAUGGAGCCCUGCCUCCUGUUUCAUGAAGCUGGACACUGGUUUGAACUCACUAUCCACACCAAUAGCCAAGGGCACACAAUGGCCAUCAUUACUUUCCAUUCCCAGGAAUUAACGCAGAAGGAGUUCUGUGUUCAGAAGGAGACUGUAGAGGAGUUUUUCAUCAAAGGGUCAGGGGUAUCCUGUGACUUGACAUCACUUUACUUCCAGAAAAGCACCAUGACCCAUUGUAGCCAUCAGCAGUCUCCCUUCCAGCUCCUGUUUGGGGAACUCCAUAUCUUUGAUGAGCUCUUGGCCUUGAAGAUCCACAUCUCUCCAGAUGCCUUUUUCCAGAUUAACACUGCUGGUGGAGAGAUGCUGUAUUGGAGUGUGGGGAAGCUGAGUGGAGUGAAUUCUAGCACCAUCCUCCUUGACAUCUUGUGUUCCCCAAUCAUAAUUGGCCUUUCUCUCACUCAGUAUACCUCCCUGGUCCUUGCAAUUGAGUUGAUGGAGCAGGCAGUAGAGAAUGCCAGGUGGACUGCAGCCUUCAAUGGCAUCACAGACUGUGAAUUCCAUGCUGAUCAAGCAGAGAUGUUGCCAUUGCUAAAGUCAAAGGAAGGAGAGUUAAUUGUUGCUGUGGUGAACCUAGCCCGGGUGGAACUGUAUUACCAGGUAGACCAAGCCAUUUGGAACAGCAGGGCCGUCCACACAAUUUUUGUUUCCUGCAAGCUCCAUGGUGAAAUCACAAGGAACAUCACUGAGUGA